GAACUCGAAUCAAUGAAACAGCGGGUACGCGAGAUGGAGAUGGAAGCUGAAAAAUUACGCGAAAUGCAAGCUCAGGUGGAGAAAGAAAUGAAUGAACAAGGUGGUGGUCAAGAAGGAAACAAUCCCACUGAAGAAGACAGAGAAGCUGUAGAUAGUCGGAGUGUCUAUGUUGGAAACGUUGAUUAUGGAAGUACAGCAGAAGAGAUUCAAGCCCAUUUUUCGUCUUGUGGUACUAUCAAUCGGAUCACGAUCUUGUGCGACAAGUUUACUGGUCAACCUAAAGGAUAUGCAUACAUCGAAUUUUCGGAUCCAAUGCUCGUCCACCAAGCUUGCCAGUUGAAUGACUCACUAUUCCGAGGACGUCAAAUCAAAGUAACUCCCAAACGGACUAAUCUACCUGGCUUUGUAAGAGGAAGGGGUCGUGGUCGUGGAAGAGGUCGAGGAUUCAAC